AUGCAUUGGAAAGGACUGCGUCUUGUGGCCGACAAGAGGCAGAGCACCAUCGAGCCAGGCCAAUCCCGUCGCAGUGAACACCUUCCUCGUCCCUACCCCCCGCCGAACCUAGACUGUCCGAGCAGCCCAGUAAACCCAGGACUUCAGGUACCUGACGACAACGGGUCAAAUGGGGUGGUCCAACCGGACUUUGCAGGAUCACCUGAGGGGGACCGUCCCAACUUACGCCACAAGCGAUUCAGCUUCAUGAGACUACGACAUGCGUCCGACCCCCAACUAUCCAAGUCUUAUGCCAAGGCGGGCCAGGAUACUCCCCCAGUUCCUUCCUUACCUCCUCCCAAGAUUAUUACUACCGCCCCGACUAGCCAUGAGCUUGAUCAACCCGUGAAACAGAGACCCAAGCUCAGCUUUCGACCGUCGUCACGAAAACAGUCCAUGGAGGAAAUGUCUCGGAAAUCAAUGGAACAACCUGCGAAGCCUCGUAGAAGAGGCCAGGGAUCAACCGACUCUCAGGUUACCGACUCGACGCUUGCCAUGUCCCAUAGUAUCACCGAAGAGCCUGGACGCUUGUCCACCAACUCACUUCGCGGAAACUUACAGACCAACGACUCUCAGCGCUCGUCGGUGGUUGAUCCUCGGUUUUCCGAAUCGUCUCGAUCAGACCAGAGCUACGAUCACACCGUCACCCGAAGUGUUUCCCCUCGUGACGGUAACGGUGGAAAUAUAGCGAAGCGAUUCCGUAUGCCACGCUUGAAACGAAAUCGGACCCCUCUAUUUCCUUUACCCCCCAAAGUCUCGCAGCCGGCUGGCGGUAUGGAUAAUCAACCAAAGUUCCCCCCAGUGGAUACACCGAAAUCCGAGGCUUCGGAUGUCCAGGACCAGAUCUCACCACUGCCGUCGCCAUCUCGUUCCACCAUAGGACUCGCUGCCUCGAACGUACCGCCGCUAUUCCGAAAUGAUUCGACGAAUUCCGCCCGCUCAGUUCGAUCCAAUCCCUCUAUUAAGAACCGGGGACGUUCGUCUACCAUGGGAUCCCUGGCGGAGAACCAGGACGACCUGUCCAUACCCCCAUAUUUGGCAUCUUCGGCGCGCACCUCCACUUCGACUAGUGGCCGCAAGAGCUUCAGUGAUAUGUUUAAUAUCACGCAACGAUUGAGGCAAAACUCGUCCCCACCCGCCCCUCGUCAGGGUUCGCCCGCGAUAGGUGGCACCUCCACCCCAAUCAAGCAAGAGCUACCAGCAGUCCCGAAACGGGAAGAAAGCGAUACACCCGCUUCAUAUCUGAGCCGUUUGGAGGAAACUCUGCCUCGCGGCAUGAUUGCGGGCGUCCUCGCUCAAUCAGAAGAGGAAUUCUACAAAAUUUGUCUACGAAAAUACAUGCGAACCUUCUCAUACUUUGGUGACCCGCUCGAUAUGGCAAUCCGCAAGCUUUUGAUGGAAGUCGAGCUUCCGAAAGAAACACAGCAGAUUGAUCGUUUCGUGCAAGCAUUCGCUGACCGCUAUCACGAAUGCAACCCAGGCAUCUUCACAGCACCAGAUAACGCAUACUUUAUUGCAUUCUCCCUCUUGAUUCUUCACACCGACGUCUUCAAUAAGAACAACAAGCGGAAGAUGCAGAAGGCGGACUACGUCAAGAUAAGUCGCAGUGAGGGAAUCUCAGAAGACAUUCUUGAAUGUUUCUAUGAGAACAUUUCAUACACUCCGUUCAUUCGUGUCGAGGACGCCAAUCUACCUGACCGUCAUUUGGCGAAACCGCGUCGCACUCUAUUCAAAACCACUAGCUCCGAGAAUUUGGGCCGGAUUUCACGGGAGCCUGUCGAUCCCUAUUCGCUUAUCCUGGAAGGCAAAUUGGGAUCGCUGCGCCCCAGCUUGAAGGACGUCAUGGAUCUGGAUGAUACAUACAGUCAUUAUGGAACUGCUGGGCCACCGGAUAUGGAUGCCCUUCACCUGGCCUUUACUAAGUCCGGAAUAUUGCAGAUCAUCUCCCUGCGCUCUCGCCCUGACGCCUUCAUGCCGGCUAGCUUGGAUAGCCCCCUUGACUCGAAUCCCGGUCUGGUAGAUAUCAAAGUUGCCAAGGUCGGUUUGCUUUGGCGAAAAGACCCGAAGAAGAAGAAAGCCAGAUCGCCCUGGCAAGAAUGGGGUGCUAUCCUCACAUUCUCUCAGCUAUACUUCUUCCGCAAUGUGAACUGGGUACGCUCACUCAUGGCACAGCAGGAGACAUACAUCAAGAAUGGCCGUCGGGGAACUCUUGUUUUCAAGCCACCCCUUGCUGAAUUUAAGCCGGACAACAUUGUGUCUACCGGUGAUACAGUUGCGCUCUUAGACUCAAGUUACAAAAAGCAUAAACACGCCUUCAUAUUUGUUCGACACCACGCGUUGGAGGAGACAUUCCUCGCUGGCUCUGAGCCUGAAAUGAAUGAUUGGCUUGCACACCUUAACUAUGCUGCAGCCUUUAGGACCACUGGUGUGCGUACCAAGGGCAUGAUUGCCACGAAUUAUGAGGGACAGCGAUACCGCAAGAGUCAGCGAUUGAGCUCGAUAUCUUCGCAAAGGUCUCGCAAGUCGACGGAAAUCGAGCCCCCUUCUCCCAGUAUUGAUAACGACAUUGUUGCCGAAUUUGUCGCUGCACGACGAGAAUUGAUGAGCCAAAAAAUUCGGGAAAGAAAUGAAAAGAUUUCCAUAUUACAAAAGGAACUGGAUGGUCUUUUACAAAAUGCUCGACACUUGCAAGUGCUCACUCCACUCCACGCCCGGGCCCGCGAGAGCGUCAUUAUGGCUGCAGGCCGCCUGUCCGCCAAGAUUAAAUGGGUGAGGCAGGACAUAUGGCGCAGCAAAUGUUACCGCCAAAUUCUUCUGCGAGACCUAGGAGAGGAUGAUGAGACAGUGGAAAGCAGGGUUGGGUCAGUCGCUGAACCGACGCCAUCCCAGUCGGACGAAGCACGCCUAGCCUCCCUUUCCGGACCGUCUGUGACAUCGGAGCCUAGCGUGGGAAAGGCCAGUAGUAUUGUGCAUACCGUCUCUAGCGCUGAUACCCCUGAGCCUAAUGUGGCCCAGACCGAACAGCCCUUAGAGGCUGGGCUGCUGGCUAAACCUUCGAAUGAUGAACUGCGUCGUCCCAGUAUCCCGGCAUCUGUUACUUCAUCCGACAUUGCUCGUGUCGGCCGUCGGCGCUCUGCUGUGGCCGUCCCCGAACGUGCUAAGUCAUACUCGCCUGACCCAACGACCAUUAAACUCGAGCGUGACGCUAGCCGUGCCAGCCGUGCCAGCCGGUGGGAUGGAGCUAGUAUGGCAUCUCGUACAUCGAAACUGACAUCGCCUGCGAGCUUCGACGACGGCGAGGAGCGCCUUCUUAGGGAAGCCGGUCUGCUGGAGCUGCCGGAGUCCCCCUCGCCGCACAAUGAUGAAGAUAUUGCCCCACAUGUACUCCCCGAGGGCGAGUCAAUUCCAAACGACAAGAACGACAAACCGAGUCGUGUCCGCCGCAGCCUUCAUCGCACCCUCCGUGACUCGCAUACUCAUAGAAACCGUUCUCAUUCGAAGAAGAAACGGACUUCUGUGUCUAGCAUCGGGCAGGAGGAUGGCGAUCAAGUCUCCGGCGAUGGAGAAAUCCUCCCUCGCAAAGCCCCCAGUUUCACCGUGCAUGGCAAGAAAGCAUCCAUCGUCACAUUCGGAUCUGAAUGGCAGAAUAUGCCCCCGGAAGAGCGCCUCAAGCUCCGCAAGCCCACCCCUCAUGAAGAGCCACGGGCAUCGGAUCCCGCUAUAGUGGGCAGUGGCGAGUCAAUUCUGAUGGACCGCAGCCCGGAACGUCAGUCGCUACGGAGAACGAGCACUGCCACUGGUAUAAGUGUGCGCACCGAAGAUCUGGCGGAGUUCAAGGAUGCACAGGAAGAGCAACCGGAAGAGGACAUCGGGGCCCCAGCCUCCCCAGUGAUCACCACUCUUCCUUCAGAUGCGGAUCCCCUAUACACCAAAAACACUCCCUACCCCCCUCAUGCACAAUAUCCAACAACCACCUUUCAGCACCACGACAUGACGGCUCCCCCUCCCCCUCCCACUCCUCUACCUCCGUCACUGAGCGAAUCCUUGAUACGCCGUCCAGCGAGAACCUACGCGAGCAGGCCGUGGGCGCCUGAGUCUUCACCGCCUUCUUUAGCUCUCCACCCUCUCUUCCCCUGCUUGUUCUGUACAUCCUAA